CGGAAUCAGAGAGCGCAUGCGUUUACUGUUAAACAUAAGUAUAAAUAAUCGAGCGUCGCAUUUACACUUCAAAACUGGUGAAGUUGAAGUCUAAACAGAUCGAAGUCCUGUAAAUUUCCUUCAAACAAAUACUGAAAAAUAGUGCUGAAUAAUACAAGACAACGAUGCAAACUCCGGUAACACAAUUCUUAAAAGGAUUGGGCUGAAAUGAAAUUCUCACUACUCAGCAGAUUUACAUGUGGCUGAUAUAAAAGACCAAAAGCGAAACAACAGGAACAAAUGGCAGCAAAACCAACACAUGGUGACCACAAAUGCAUCCAAAGUAGUUCCGAAUCUGUUGAAAUGAAUAUUGCUUCACAAAAUGUUUGCCUCAGAGGAGUUUAUGUAAGCAAUGAUGUUAUGGAUAUUGAAAGAUGCAGGGGUAGAGUUUUAGAAAGCAAAACUGCUGUACUGUUUCCUUUAAAGAAUAUUAUAGAACGCAAUGAAAUUAUAGAUUUUGGAAAUGAAGAACGUGCAAAUAAAUUUUUGCAUGUUUUAAUCAACUUUGGAUACAGUGCAGCUUUGCAAAAUCAUAAAAGUGACUUAGAAAAAAAUCCGCUUGGUAAUCUGCCUACGUUUUAUCGUAGAACCUCAUUUUGUGUUGUCAAUGUUAGAGAAUGGACACCUCGUGUAUGUGAUUUAUCUCUAUCAAGACUGGCUAUUCAAUUUUUGAAGGAUAUUGAAAUUAAACUUUCAAGUGAAAAUAAUGGAGAUCACAUAGUAGCUCAAGAAGAUUGCAUAUCAUUCUUUAAAAUGUUUGGGACUCAUGUGUACAUGACAAGCAUUAAUUUCGGUGGGAUAUUUACAGUAAGCUCUAGUACCGCAUUACUAGAAAAUGACAAUGUAUUGUCAACAAAACAACAAAUCAAACAGGUUCAUAACAACGCUAUCAUAAAUCAUUUGUUCAGCGAUAGUAAGUCAGAAAGCACGGAAAUUAAAGAGAAUGGAAGAGAUGAGUACGUUUUGAAAAAAAACAAAAUUGAAACUAAACAAAGACAUUUUGGAGGACCUAAAGAAACAUACGACUUUACGGUGUGGAAAGCAGAGUUACUGAAGAAUCCAGAGACAUGGACUGUAAGUGACAUGGGGGAAAUUUCAUUCGAUAAUUGCGUCGGAAUUUGGUCCUUUGUGAAAAAGCAUCAAAGUUGUUUUACUAACGCAGAACAACUGUCAAGUUUUUUAGCAAAAGCGUGGCAGGAUCAUGUUGCACAGCGAAAUAUAUCUAAUCUUGUGUCAGAUUCCUUUUGGAAAACGUUUGUAAAGGAUUUAGAUUCGAUAUUAUCAGUACCCUGUUCAGCCAGCUGUCAUUUGGGAUCCCUGAAAGAAAUACUUCAGCUUUUAGAAAAGCAUGUGAUCUUAGUUGGAAAAGGUGUUACCAAAGUACUAGACAUAUUUUCAGCAACAUCUGUUCAGAGACUAUUUAAGGACAGUGCAAAACACAAAACCCCUAUCAAUAUUUGUUUUCAAAUUCUCACUACAAAAUUAAAAAUUUUGCAAAUAGACAACGGGAAAUCCUCAGCAUUUGGUUCUUCAUGGAUUGCAUCAGACUACUUCAUUCCAGGUCUCUUGUCACGAAGAGAAUUAAACAAUGUUGAAGAGUUGUUAGAUUUACUAGAAUCAGAGUUAUUACCGGGAAUCGAUGCUCUCGAAUCAUACAAUGAUAUCAAUUUGGGGAAAGUGCAAUCCUUAGCAAAAUCAGAACUCUUGAACACAGUACAGAAUUUUCUUCAAAUACUUCUGGGCAGACAGGAGUAUCAAGAGGCCCUCCUUCUUCUCGUCCUUUUCUUAUCCAUCGGAUAUCACUUCAAGAGAGAAAAUGUUCAGGCAAAUAUCACGUCUGAGAUUUUAGUAACUUUCACAGCAUCGGCAAAGAGAGAACUUGCUCUAGCUAGGAAAUACAAGGAAGAUGAAACUCGAGAAGCGUGGUUGUUGUUGGAGAUUAUUUUCAAACUUGACACAAACUAUAGAAUAUUUGAUGCGCCCACUGUGCUUGUAAACGAGGUUAAUGAUUUUGUUGGUUUUUUGAAGGAAAAGGGAUUUGUAUUCCAUUCAAACAUCGAAAAGGUUAUCUAUUCAGAGCAAGGUGAACCUCAUGGAAUUAUUCACUCCUUAGCAGAAAUAUGCAAAUUAUCAUGUGACCUUUUUGGCGAGGAAACAAUGAGAACAUUGCAUUCUACGAACACCGAAUAUUGUCCUAGUAGUACAAAUUUUGAUGCGUUAUAUCGCAUAAUAAACACAUUCGGGAUGGAACACUUUUUCCCACAGAAACUUUCGACAGGAGAUGUUUUGAAGUUAAGUGAUGCCUUGUUCGCUUGUCCAAGGACAAUGAAAGAUAUACCAUGGGCUAUAUUUCGCCAAGCAAUAGCCAUUGACUACAAUUUCAGAGAAAACGUUUUAUCUGAUUUUUCGAAAAAGCUACGAACUCGAAAUCAAGCCAUAAGCAAGAAAGAAAACAAGCAGUCUGCAAAAAAAGUCUCAAUGAAGCACAACCCAAUGGAUGUUUUUCUUGCACUUUGGCAUUGUUGCGAUCCCUUUCUGAAAAAGAUCCUCGCUGCAAAAAUCGCCACCUGUCAACUUGCACUCCCCCUAAUAUACGAGGAUAUUACCACCAGACAGCAACUCACCAUAUCACUUUGGCCAAUUCGUGAUGUUUUCAUUGACGACAGCCCGGAUUCUGUUUUGACCAAACCUCUAAAAUCAGUUAGUUUUGUAAGAGUUGGAGAUUUGAAGUCAAUAUCAAAAUCAAAAAUAAUAAAUAAGUUUUUAAGGGGGCAAAAUAAUGAACACAGUACUUUUUACCAUAGAGAUUGUACCCUGGCAUCAAACAAACGAUUGGUUUCCAAUGGAAUCGUCGAAAUUACUUGGUAUGUACCCAGAAAAGACAAUGAUGAUGUUAAUUCUGACAUUGAGGAUGUUAAUUCUACCGAAACAGAGGAACUGUUGGAAGAAAUAAUGGAACCAGUAUGCAUUUUGAAUAUGCGAGGAGAUGCUAAAGAUUUUGAGUCCCAGCUUUUGGCGUUACUUGCACUUUCAGAUGUGGUAGUUGUCAUGUCUGAAUUUGAGUAUCUCAAUGAUGAUCGAUCUCUUCAAGUGCUGAAACAAAUACACAACAGUUCAGCAUUUGCAAUAAUCAUGACGGAUUUUCCGGAGAGUGUGGAACAGCAGGAGAUGGACAACAGUGAUGAGGACGAAGACAACGAAAUCACGGAUAGACAGGACCAAGAAGAGAAGACGGAGGAGAGUGAUGUGGACAGGGAUAAUAGCAAUAAAGUUGAGAAAGAACAGGAGCAAGAGGAGAGUAAUAGAAUGGGAGAGGAGGAGAGAAUUAGCAUGUCUUUGGAGGAAUUGUGUGGAGAAAAUUUGCCAUGUGUUUAUGAAACAAAAACAGGCUUAAACCCUAUGAACACAUCAUUUCUUUCCACUUUGGACAGGGGAAAGACUUUAAAUGAAAGUGACCUCAAAGAUUGCCUUACCACACAAAUUAUGUCAGCAUUAAAGAAUAUAGAAUUUGCACAAAGCUUGGAGAGGAAGAAAAUGUUAUUACCAGCAUUUGUUGCAAUAGAUGAAGAUAACACAUAUUCUAAAUAUGGCUCGGAUUUAAGUGAAACUGUGUUUGGAGAUGUUGAAUACUCGGCGAAUACGAUGCAUCGAAAACAAAUAAAAGACAAAAUACUUCCAUUGCAGGGAGAGAAUUUGUGGCACACAUGGUGUUUGGAACAAAAACAAUGUUUUCGCUCGGGAAAGAAAAGUGUUUCAGAUAACGUCCAUCAUAAAAAAAAGAUGAAGACUCUUAGAUUAUGGCAAGUGAUGAGUUGCCUUGAAAACGGAAGUACAAUUGUAAAAUUUGUAGAUGUUUUGGAAAGACAUAUUGAUGACAGACUAACCAUCACAUAUUUUUUACAAUGGAUGAAAUUUCACAUGGACUGUCAAUCACGACAAAUCAUUCCUAAACUUUCAAACGAUCUCUUUGAAGCGUUCAGACAGUACGAAACGUUGAGAUCGCAAAGUGACACUGAAAGAGAAAAAGUAGAAAAUUUGAAGUCGCAAAUUAAGAGUGCAGAGGAAAACUUGGCAAACGCCUCGUUUGGUUUGGAACAUUUUUUUAGAGAAAUGGGUCAAUUAUAUGAGUCAUUCUUCCAUUGCGAUACAGCAUUGCAAAUUCGUGUGUCUACAAAUACAAAACGUAUCAUUGACAAAAUACCACAUAUUGCUGCCAAGCUUCUUUAUUGGGGUCAUUCAUUAGAGAUCAUGGACGGGGAUGCAGCGUCGGUUCCCGAAUCUUGGAUCAAAGCUGUAUUCAAAGAGAUAAGAUCGAUCAUUGGAGAGAAAAAAACAUUGUAUGUUAUAUCAGUUUUAGGAAUUCAAAGUUCUGGUAAAUCAACUCUGCUAAACACAAUGUUUGGUCUACAGUUUUCUGUUAGUGCUGGAAGAUGCACACGUGGGAUUUACGCGCAACUUAUUCCUGUUGACAAGUCACAGUCGAGUCUCAAGUUUGAUUAUGCUUUGGUUAUAGACACAGAAGGAUUGAGAGCUCCAGAGUUAGCAGGCGAGAAGUAUAAUCAUGAUAACGAACUUGCAACGCUCGUCAUAGGCCUAGCAGAUGUUGCGCUGAUCAAUAUAAAGGGUGAGACUAUAGCUGACAUGCAAGAUGUACUUCAGAUUGUAGUCCAUGCCUUGAUAAGGUUAAAGAAUGCGAAUGAGGAGUUGAAUAUUAAACAAUCAUGCGUCUUUGUUCACCAGAAUGUAUCAGCAUCCAAUGCAGGAAAGAGCACUUUUCAAGGUAGUCAGAAGGUUACUUCAGUCUUAGAUGAAAUGACAAAACACAUCGCUGAGCAGGAGAAAAUGGCAAACAUUACGCGAUUCACUGAUGUCAUAGCAUUUAAUCCCGUUACAAAUGUCAUCCAUGUACCUGAUUUAUGGCAAGGUGUUCCUCCAAUGGCUCCUGCAAGUCCUGAAUAUAGUAAGAAAGUAUUUCAGGUCGCCAAAUGCAUAUUAGGUGAUAUUUGUAAAAAUAAAAAGAGUUUUCUGAAUAGUGAAGACACAAGUAUCCACUUAGGAAAUCUGUGGAAAGGCAUUAUCUCAGAAGAUUUUGUGUUCAGUUUUAGAAACGCUCUAGAGGUAAAGGCUUUCACUAUGUUGGAGAUAAAAUUCCAAAGCUUUGUUUGGACUUUGCAGGAAUUAAAAUUACAGUAUCUUCAAAAUACAUUAAUUCAGAUCUGUUGCAGCAAAACACACGAAAUUCUUCAGAAUACCAUCACAAAUAUCAAAGAGCGGUUUCACAAGAACCUUCAGGAGAAAACAGCUUUAUGUGACAAAGAACUUCAAUCUUUUUUUGAUAAGUCUGAUUUAAGUGAUUACAUGAUACAUUGGAGGGCGCGCAAAACAGAAGAACUCCAAGCGAUUUCGCGUAACAUAAGAAUUGAAAUACAUACAAAGAUUGAAAGCGAAAAGGGAAAAUGCGAAGCACUUUUUAACAGCAAUAAGAAAUUGGCAUCUGUUAAAGAAAAUGUGACUAGUAAGGCUGUCGAGUUUGCAAAGUCAGAAAAUAAUAAGGAACACACAUGGAACGAGGAAGACGUGAAAAAACAAUUUGAGCGACUGUGGGAAGAAUGGUUAGGUGAACUAGCCCCAGAAGUAUCUGAGGACGCUAUCCAGAGAAAAAUUGCAGAGAUGAAAUUACAAGUCAUAAAUGAAGUCCAAAAUAAAUUCUCAAGUCAUCAGCCUGUGUAUACAAAAGUAUCUAAUUCAACGAGACUUCCACUCCAGAAACGUAUGACUAAGCUUAUUGGCUGCAUUAGGGAAGAAGAUAUUGAUGAGAAGGACAUCGAAGUGAUUGGAAUUAAAGAGAAAGUUAAGCGUCUCUUUGGCAAGUUCCUCCCAGAAUCGAUAAAGGACUAUCUUCAAAUCCAUAAGCAUUAUUUCGAGAAAACAAAGAAUAUGAUUGAUACAAUUUUUUCGGACAUAGAAAAAUAUAUGCAAACACAAAAUGAAAAUGUUGAAUACAAUUCUGCGCAAUUCAUUCAAGUUUUGAACUAUAUAACAGAUGGCUUUCGUAAUCAUAACGAUAAGAGUAAUGUUCAUACAUUCAUGGUGACAGUAAGACUGGAGGCAAAGACAGCGAUAAUGGUAGAGAGGUAUGCAGUCAAUGAAUUUACGCAACACAUCAGACGUUAUGAAAUUCAAAAUAGUUUGAGAUCGAAAAUGACAAAGUAUAAAAAAGAAGUAGAAUCUUUAUUUCUGGGCAUGUAUUUCGAAACAGCGAAUGAAGAAUUGGCGACAUCUAUCAUAUGCGAUCACAUAGAAAAUGCUCUCCGACAAAGACUAUCUCAAGAAUUACACAAGCAAAUGUGGAGCCAAGUAACACACAGUGAAUUUGGCAAUAGAAAGGAACCUCUCAUAAAAGCAGUUCUUACAGAUCUAGCGCAAAGGCAUCAGUUUCGUGAUUACGUUGUUUACAUUAACAAUUCAAAGUCCUACGUUAGUUCAUGGAUAGAAAAGUACACUAAAACGCUUUUCGAGAAAAAAAACAAUAAUGGCGUUUCAGAGUUCCAACAGUGCAUUGCGAGGUCUUUGGAAACAGCAUGUGUUACUAUACAAAAGUGUGCUGUUGGUGCAGAAGCUGAAGGCAAAAAACAAUCAUGCAACUCUGAAAGCGAAGAAGAGACCGAUGUUUCCCCAUCAUUACAACAAUUAGCAUGUUGGGGUCGUUGGAUUAAUGCUUUUAGAGAUAGACUGGUAAGGGAAAACUUUCAGAUGCCUCCUGAUUGCUUCCAAACGCUUUUUCAUUUAAAAGUGGAAAAAAUUGAUAAUCUGAUCAAAAACAUUGAAAGAAAUUUAGACGUACGUAGAAAUUCCCUUUACGAUACUUUUAAGAAUAUGCCUCUUUCCAACAUGAGUUGGGGGGACAAUGAUCCAUUUAAAGAAAUAAUGGAAACUCUGUGGGGUUGUGAUAAAAAUUGUCCAUGGUGUUUAGAGCCGUGUGUCGUGUCAUCAACCAAUGAUAGGCAUGCUUGCAAACAACAUAGGCCUGAAGGUAUAGCAGGAGUACGCUGGGAACAUACUACAAAAUUAGUAUGUGAAUCUUGUGACUUUAGUGUACAGAGUGAUUCACGGAGACGCUGUGGCAGCUGGUGUAAAUGUGAUCCAAAAACGGAUGGACAUCAUCCAUGUAAAGAAUACAAAACACAUAUGAAGGAAGCAUGGGAUAUAUCUGGUUCUUCGGACAUGUCAUCUUCAAAAUAUUGGAUUUGGGUUUUCAAAGAAUUUGAAAAGGAUUUUGUGAAAUAUCACAAUGCCAAAUCGCCUGAUUUCCCAAACUCAGAUGCUUUCAAAAUUACGAAAGAUGAGGCUAUAAACAGUCUUAGUGUGUACGAAUAAGAUAUAAUGAGUUCCGAAAAAGAAAUAUUGAAAGAAACUGCUUUAUCUCAUAUCGUAUCAAAAAAUUCGAUUAAAUGUUCGAGUAAUGUUUCUUUGAAGAAACUGAGAUAAAUCGCUAUAAGGUUUGUUACUGUGUUGUGUUGAUAUUUAAAAUAAAUUCAUUCGAAGAUAUAUUUGCUUUCAGUACGUAUUCGAUGUUUCUUUUAUUGUCAUGAUGUUUAGUCCAUAUUCAGUAUUAUUCACUCUUCUAUUGUGAUUUUGUUACAGCAUACAAAAAUGAAUGCUAAUUAGAUAUUGUAUAUGCUUUUGCAUUAAUGACUUGCAUCUAUUCUGAUCAAUGAAUCAUUCAUCGAUUAUCAUACUUCGUCCAUGUAUUGUAGAAACAAAAUUCAUUUGAACUUAGAAUGUCUUGAAUAUGUAGACAUUGUUUAUAACUCAUUAUUAUCUACUAAGAAUAGGGUUUUCUCUGCUUUUCUUUGCAUCAAACAUAUUUAUUUUUCAAUUAUGACAAUAAAGUACUAUGUGGUGUAUUUGACGUAUAAUUUUACGAUUUGUUGCACUGCUCAUUGCAAUCUAUUUAUUAACAAGACUUAGCUGGAGUUUUUUUUUUUUGCAUUACCCGUUGUCUGUUUCAUAAAGUUUAAAACCAAACACAGUUCUAGCAUUUUAGAAAAUAAUGCUGAUGAUAAACAUUUCCUGUUUAAAAUGUCAAUUGAAAGUGACGAUAAUUACGAUCAUUAAAGAAUUAUAAGCACACCAACAAUACCCCUUCCCUUUGCAAAACCAUUUGUCCACUAAAAUGUGGUUUAUGCAAAUGAAUUAACUCUCUGUAAGUAUGGCCCCACGCAGACCCCUGUGAUCACUGUUUAAGAUAGCUGAAUAUACAAUAAAUAAAGAUAUUUGUACAUUGUUGGUGUAGUUUGUCGUUUUGUCAUUUUUCUAAUAAUUUAUCUGAACGCAAUGAUAUGAAACAAAAGCUGCAUUUAUUUUUAAAAAAAAUAUCAGUUCAGAAAAAAGCUUUUUAAGAACUAAAUCAAAUGUGGCCUGAAAACUCAGUCGACAAUUUAAUAAAAUUUACUUCAUCGGCAGUUUUAUGUGUCAAUAUUAUAAGACAUAUGUAAACCAAUGGGCGAGUUAUUGCAAUCGAUUGAAUGGUACGGUUAUAGUUAAAAAACUUCCUGAACAAAAAUCAAAUUUGAUUCUUCAAGCAAGUACCCUGGAUAACAUUAUAUAUCAAAAUGAUUUAUUUCCAAGACUGGGUCAAUUUGGUGGUUUGCGGGUCAAAUCCUUUUAGACAGUUUUGGAAGGCUUCGGUCGAAUAAACCAUUCGUUUUUCAUUUUGUAUUGGACUACAUCUUCAGCAAUCUAAUUGAAAUUAGAUGUUAGAUCCGCUUGCAUACUCGCUACACAAACAUCUAACAACAUCCCGUAGAGGGUCACGUCAGAGGUUAAAUUCGAUUGACCAAUGAAAUCACCGCUGGCAAAAUCAUUGAAUGUUUGUUGAAGCCGAUAAGUCUAGAGUGAUACCGAGUUUAACCUCUGACGUGACCCUCUAUGGGAUGUUUUUAGAUGUUUGUGUAGCGAGUAAGCGAGCGGAUCCAACAUCUAAUUUUAAUUAGAUUGCAUCUUCAGUGUCUCAUAACAGAUUUUUUGGAGAAUGAGCAAAUACACGAAAAUCCAUUGUACUACUUUUGCAAUGAUUAGGAUUUGCAUUAGUCCACGUUAUCGUUCGUUACAGGAGUCAUCCUACGAGAUGGUAUAACAUACUGUUUUAGUUUACCAUAUGAUGUAAACGUUAGUAUUUGACUGCAAGGUAAAUGCGAUAUAAGCAAUGAGCGUGCAUCCCCCAGAGCUAAUUAAGACAAAUCACAUAUUGAGGAAUUUUCGUAAGGCCGCAAGCAUAAACACACGAAUACAAAUCAAAACUAUGAUAACAAUCCAAUUUGAUUGCAACCACUUUUAUUUAGAGUCAGGAGAUGAGGGGGCGAUUUUGAUAAGUCCAAUUAAAAUAAAUAUUUUAAACAUGUUACUCAAACUUGAAAAAGGAGUUCAUGUCGAACUUGUCUUUACUUGUGUUCUCUUUCAUUUCUUUUAAAUCGUUACGACUUGUUAGUAAAUGAACUAAAAGGAUUUUAGAUUGCGUAUUGGUAGUUGUGUAUGUACGGUUCAGAUAAGUACAGCUCAGUAGCUGACCCACGUAUCAUGUUUAAAUUCCACGGAAGUGGAGUUUACUUGUCUACCUAUAUACCGACAUAAUCCUCUGCCGACGUCUUAAAAUUAGUGUAAAUUCACUUUUCACUGUUAAUAGAUUAAAACAAGUUCUCUUAAUGUCAGGAAAAUAUAGGGUAAGCAACGUGCAUGUAUUACAGUUCUUAUUUCCCAUUACAAUGCACAUCUACCUAUAUCGUAUUUACGAACAAUGUCCUCGGUAGUAGCAACCAGAUAAUCUAAUAAGGUUAAGAAAAUGUAACACGAUGUACGCAGUUAUAAAUGAAGUGGGGAGGCCAGAUUCUCGAGUAGUCAGUUGGAAAUAAGUUUUCCGUCUCUCCUCUGUACAGGUUGGGGUAAACGCUACUCCCCAGCUGAAGGGGGUGGAUAUAUCCAGGAUCCAGAAUUGUUAGAAAAGAAAAGAAACUUUCACAGAAAAUAGGCAUUUUACGUCGUCUGCAAAUUUUAUGUCAAAUGCAGCAUUAUUGAAAAUUUAUAACACUGUUAUAUUUCCUCAUUUUAAUUAUUGUUGCACAGUUUGGUGCUCAGCCAAAAACAGGGAUUUUAUUGACAGACUUUUUAAAUUACAGAAAAGGGCAGCCAGAAUUAUUUUAAAGGUGAAAGUAACUCUUCUGUUAACUGCAGCUGAUAUUUUUAGUGUUAUUAAAUGAAUGCCUGUUCAUGAUUAUUUUGUAUAUAGAAAACUAGUGCUUGCUUUUAAGGUUCUUAAUAACAUGACAUCGGAAUAUAUGAACGUUUUUAGUUUUGUCAGCCAAGUUAGUUCCAGAACAACAAUAAGUAGCGAUAGUGGCAUUUUAUAUUUACCAAAAGUUCGAACUGAAUAUUAUAAACGGUCUUUUAAGGUAUCCUCCACCAUUUUGUGGAAUCAGUUGCCCGAGUCUGUCAGAUGCUGUGGUUCUAUUACAUCUUUUAAAUCGGCAUAUUUGCAGCAUUAUUACUCAAAUAAGUUAUAUAUAGAUAUGAUGUAUAUGUUUAUUUUCCCCCCAGUGAUAUCGUGUGUAUAUUUCAUGUAUAUAUUUUAUAUUAUGUUAUCUAUUUUUCUAUUCUCAUUUAUCUGUCUGUGAAUGUUUUAUACAGGACCACAAUGUAAACUAGUCAUUUGUACUAAUUGUGCUAUCCUGUCUAAAUAAAAGAAUUUAUUAUUA